AUGCUUUUCCAAUACUGUCUUGCAUCUCAGGUUAGCCCUAUGCACACCCGGAGAGCAAUCCGGGUGCGCUUGGUGAGAACUUAUAAAGUCCCUGAAUUACGUGGAGGAGCAGCAACAAGCCAGAGCAAAGAAUGCCUCUUCCAUGUUGAAGAGCGCUUUUCAAAUAUCAUUUUGUUGAACACAAUGCCGUCAAUGUUCAUACUUGUGAAGGACAUCAAACCUCAACACCAGCUCAGGGCAGUUCGUGUUAGAGCAGUCAGGGUAUUCGAAGUGCCAGAGAAAAGGGGAGAGGGUAACAGCAGUAAGAGUAUGGAAGUACUAAUGCAUGAUGAAGAGGGAAGCUAUAUUCAUGCUAGCAUUCAAAAAAAAGAUGUGAAAUAUAGAGAAAUAUUCAAGGAGGGAAAACUGACAGAAGUGAAGGAGAUAAACUCUUUAGGAUUUCCUUUUAAAAUGUUUCGAUUAAAGAGUUUCAUUUCUUUAAAAGACACUGCAGAUGUGAACGACAAGGAACUUAUUGAUGUUAUUGGUCGUGUCAUUGAGAUCUAUAAUCCUGUGGAUAAGAUUAUAGGUGGAAAGGCAACCAAACUGAUUGACUUUCAGAUUGAGGAUAAUGUUGAGAACACACUGACAUGUACUCUAUGGAAUGAACACGUUGCUUCACUCAUGCCAUAUUACAAUAGUGAUUCAAAAGAACCACUUAUUGUAGUGAUUCAGUGUUGUCGUGCUAAGUUGGUUAGUAGUGAGGUUAGAAUCACCAGCUCAUAUGACGCUACCAAGCUAUGGUUCAAUGAGGAUUUUGAGGAAUUCUUAGAGUUCAAGUCGAACAUGAAAUCUGAAAAUACUCCCAUGAAAAGUUUGAGUACGGGCACUCUGCACUCACAGUCAGUUGGCAUUAGUGACUUUAAAAGUGCUGGACUCAUUGUGACUACCUGCUACGACCUUAAGAAGACACAAGUGGAUGGGGAAUACUAUGUUGCUGCUGAGAUCUUGGGUUUAGAUCUUGAUGAUGGGUGGUACUAUGGUACGGUCAGGUAUAAGGUGGUCAUCAUGGCUUUAGACAAGAGUGGAGAUGCUCCACUAUUGCUUUGGGACAGAGAAGUUGCUGAGCUGGUUGGAAUCCCUGCUUGCCUUUUGUAUCAGAAAUACAAGGAGGCUGAUGUUAAAGUACCCCCUGAGUUGGAUGUUAUUGUGGAAAUGAAGAUGUUGUUUAAAACUUAUAGUGACAGGUUUGUCGAGCACCAAGAGCAGGAUUUAAUCUCAAAGAUGCUUGAGGAGGAAACAAACAGUGCUGCAAAUUCUGAAGAAGCAUCUAUAGGAGUAGAGGUUAAUAGUCCUGCUUCUAUGCAACCCUCUCAACAUGAACUGGAUGACACUGCGGUCAACUCCUUAACUACCAAAUGGUCACUCUUGGAUGAGUUUUCCUCAUCCAAAAGUCGCAAGAAAGCAACAACAUCCAACAUCAAGAAGGAGAAGACAACUUGA